CACAUUUCGACGACAACACCAUGCAGCAGACUCGCACAUGCGGCCACGAUGACGAAGAAGCCAACAUGCGAGCGAAGCUCCUGCUGCAUGAACUGAAGCUUGUCGUUGCAACGGACGUAGCGGCGGCCGGAUCGAGCAACUUCAAAGCCAUGGCGAGAUCUCUUGUGUCUGUCGUGCGCACCCAGCACCACGUCAACACAUCCAUGCCGUCGGAUGUUCCAUUUGGACUCACACCAGACAUUGUUCGCGAUACGUGGGGCUUGGAUGAUACGGAGCAGAUGGGCAUGAUGAAAGAAGCCAUGCGGGUAUUGGUCCCACCUGACGUUGAGCAAGGCCUUCAAGCAAAGUGCGAGCUAUUGUGCAAGAUGUUUUACCCACUGAGUCACGAUGCCCCGCUCCCGACAUCAGAAUGGCACCGCCUGCCGCAACAACUCCACGACUGGCAAAUUGCCAUUGAAGGCAUGGAAAGAAAGCGCCACGAGUUGGAAGCAGCGUGCGAUGACGCGCUGGAGACGAACGUCCAAAUGCUUGCAGACAUGACAAAGCACCUCGUGGCCAUGAUCAAGUACUACAAAUUGGACGACGUUGCGAUUUACUCGCGAGCCAAGCUCGAAUUUGUCCAGGCCAGCAUCGCUGCCAUGCAGCAAAAGAUCGAGCUGCUGACCAAGCAGCUGCUCGUGCAGACGUACCCUCCCCACAAACUCGACGCCUUGGCCCAGAUCAGAGCGCACUUGGAAGCGCGACACAAACUCGCAAGACAGCAACACCACAAAAUACAAUCGGAGCUCAACAUCUACCGCGCGUCCACAAAUCGUGACGUGUUACAAUUGCACCAACGCAUCGCGACGAUCCAUGCAAAGCUCAACAAAGCUCGGCGGAAGGUGUCGCCAGGACCUCCUACUACGUUCGGCGAAUGGAGCACAAGUAGCUGAACCAGUGCGACCUGGAGAAAAAUAUCAACGUGUGUGGGUUGGCUCACGGCA